GAGUACCUUGCUUCAAUGCUGAGGCGUCUGUCGACCCGUCACGAGUGGUGAAACGUCUAACUUUCAUUGAUCGUUUCGCAUGCUCGUAUCAUCUCUUACUAGCUAGCAGUCCGCGGGGCACUAUUGUCUGAAGCCAAUACGGGAGCAUUGCUCAAGGUAUUUAUAUAAAAGCCAUGACGACCCCAUCCUCUGAAGGCGAAGUGGACUUCAACAUCCCCACUGCAGGAAAACCCUGCAAGACUCAUUACUGGAUUGUCGGGGACUUGAAGUCGGGAAAGACGCCUCUGGUUGUCUUGCACGGCGGACCAGGCGCUACACACACCUACCUCACUAAUCUCGACGCGCUUUACAAGGCCCACGGGAUCCCACUCGUCUUUUACGAUCAAGUUGGAAACGGAGAGUCGACUCACCUUCCAGAGAAGAAUGGUGAUGGUGAUUUCUGGACUGUCCAACUCUUCAUCGACGAGCUUGACAACCUGCUCGCUCAUCUGGGAAUCGAGAACAAUUAUGAUGUUAUCGGUCAUUCGUGGGGUGGGAUGUUAGCAGCGAGUUUCGCUAUUCGUCAGCCGAAGGGAUUAAGACGCCUUAUCCUCGCUUCAUCGCCUGCUCGUAUGCAGGAUUGGGCGGAAGCUGCGAACCGUUUGAAGUUGCUGCUUCCCAAGGAUGUACGAGAGGUCCUGGAUAAACAUGAGGCUGCGGGUACUGUGGAUAGUCCGGAGUACCAUGCUGCUUCGGACAAAUACAAUGAGGAAUUCACUUGUAGGGUGAAGCCUAUGCCGGAAGGAUUCGCCAAGGCUUUCGAGUGGAUUGCCAAGGAUCCCACUGUCUACACUACCAUGAAUGGGCCCAGUGAGUUCUUCAUAACGGGAUCUCUGAAGAACUGGGACGUUGUAUCCGACUUGCACAAGAUCAACGUUCCCACGUUAUUGACGAAUGGCCGUUGGGAUGGGGCGCAGGAUAGUGUGAUGAAAAAGCAAUUUAUCAAUAUACCGAAGGUGAAGUGGGUUCAGUUCGCAGACUCUAGCCAUGCGCCACACUACGAGGAGACAGAGAGAUACAUGGACAUCAUAGGGAGUUUUUUGACUGAAAAUUAGCGGCUCUUUGCUACGGGGUUAAGGAGGGUUACAUUCGAAGGGUGCAUUACUCUUCUAACUGUGCAGCCUUAGGUAGCUGGUUGUAUCAUUAGCGUGAAUAUAGAGCCAACAGGAGCUGAGAAACG